AAAACCCGCCUCGUCUCAGACUUCGGCCUGCAACGCCGCGACCUCCGCAAAAUCGACAGCACCUCCGACGACUUACCAGACAUGUUCGUGCGCCACUGCGCCAUCGUCGCGAACCUCUCCGCCGUCCGCGCCAUAAUCCAAGCCGACCGCGUCCUCCUCCUUGUCGACAACACCUCUUGGCAUGCCGGCUCGGCGAAAAGCCAAUACCUCCUCCGCCUCGCCACCCAACUCCAAACGGCGCAAAGCAUCGACAAAUCCUCCCCACCCGUCCCCUACGAGCUCUUCGCCCUCGAAGCCAUCCUGCACAAAGUCCUCGCCCAAUUCGAAGCAGAAGUGCAACUGCAACGGGCCGCCGUCGACGAAGUCCUGCACACCGUGCAAGAAACCUCGAAAGCUCAGAUCGAAUCCUUCGAUUUCCGCAGUUUUGCCGCCAAAUCGCAGGAGCUGGCCGAGCUGUCCCAACGGGCAAGACUGACGGCUGACGCGAUCAAGGAGGUGUUGGAUCACGAUGAGGAUCUCGCUGCCAUGUACCUGACCGACGCCAAAGCCGGGCGGCCUCACGAGGUGCAGGAUCAUGAGAGUGUGGAGUUGUUGUUGGAGAGUUACUUCCAGCUUUUCGACGAUGUCGUCCAACGGACCGCAAGACUGGCGUACGUGGUUUCCAACAACGAGGCGACGGCGAAAUCGUUGCUGGAUGUCCGCAGGAAUCAGAUCAUGUUGCUGGAUAUUCGCAUCAAUCUGGCCAUGCUUGCUCUGGCCGCCGCUACGCUGGGUGCAGGGUUGUACGGCAUGAACUUGCAGAAUGGGUUGGAGGAGUGGGAUUGGGGCUUCCCCGUCAUCACGUCCUUUUGCGUGGGGUCUUCGGUGCUGAUUUAUGCGGUGGGGAGAAGGCGGAUACAGAAGCUGAAUCUGCUGCGGAUG